AUGGAAGGCGAAGGCGAAAGCAGUUUAAUUGUCCAUAGUUUAGCAGAUAUCUAUCCUGGCAGUUCACAAGCUGCCAAUGAGAGGUAUAGGAUGAUGAACAAGAUGUUUACGGAAAAAUUGAACGUAAAGCCUCAGUAUUUUGCUCGUGCUCCAGGACGUGUGAACAUCAUCGGUGAACAUAUUGACUAUUGUGGUUACGGCGUAUUUCCUAUGGCUUUGGAACAAGAUAUCGUCAUAGCAGUGGCCGUCAAUCAAGAUCAAAAAUUAAGAAUCUUCAACACCAAUGAACAAUUUAAAUCAUUCGAAUGCGAUUGUAAUGAUGUCAAAAUUGACGGCAUAAAUUGGUAUCAUUACUUUCUUUGCGGCUACAAAGGUAUCUGUGAAGCACUAAACUUAUCAACAACUGUUGGUAUGGAUGUAUUAGUAGAUGGCACUAUACCAAAGAGUGCAGGACUAUCAAGUUCAUCUGCUUUGGUAUGCUGCGCUGGUUUAGCUACAUUACGUGCAAAUAAUGGAUCGCUAAGCCGUGUUGAAUUAGCUGAAGUCUGUGCUGCCUGUGAAAGAUAUAUUGGCACGCAAGGCGGAGGGAUGGAUCAAUCAAUCUCAUUCCUAGCUGAAGGAGGAAAGGCAAAAUUGAUCGAAUUUAAUCCACUUCGAGCAACAAAUGUAAAUCUACCCGCUGACAGUGCGUUUGUCAUUUCGAAUUGCAUGGUGGAAAUGAAAAAAUCGGAAACAGCUUCUACUCAUUUUAAUGUUCGUGUUGCUGAAUGUGUGAUAUCGGCCAAGAUUCUAGCGCAAUGUAAUAAUUUGAAGUGGAAAGAUAUAAAAACAUUGGGAGAACUCCAAAAGACGUUAGAUAAAGAUCUAAAUCAAAUGCUACAAUUGAUAGAGAAGAAUUUACAUAAAGAUCCUUAUACUCGUCAGGAAAUUUGCUCUAUUCUUAAAAUUGAAGAUUCUGAUUUUGAGAAACAUGUUGUUUCAUCAGCUGCAAAAGAUGCUGCGUUAUUUAAAUUAUAUGAUCGAUCCCUGCAUGUGUAUUCGGAAGCUAAUCGAGUGUUAACAUCGAAAAAAAUUUGUGACGAAGCGAGUUCUGAAGCCAGCGAACUUCUUGGACGAUUAAUGUCUGAAAGUCAUUCUAGCUGUAGCAGCAAGUACGAGUGUAGUUGUCCGGAAUUAGAUAAACUGGUGGAAGCAUGCAUGUCCUGCGGGUCUUUAGGAAGUCGAUUAACUGGAGCAGGCUGGGGUGGAUGUGCAGUUUCAAUUGUACGCAAAACCGAUGCGAAAAACUUUGUUCGUAGUCUUUUUGAAGAAUACUACGCAUGCAAAGGUUACAAAUGGGAAGAUGCUGAUCAAAUUCUAUUUAGCACAGAGCCAGGAACUGGUGCUGCGUUGUACUUACCAAAUUAG